GUCCUCCAAAUACAACUGGCACAUGCCCUGCCCUCCUCCCUCGCCUCUUUUUACCUCCCAGCUUGCAGGAAAAACCAAAGAUACCAAUCAGUUCCUUUCCUGCAUCUGUACAUUUCUCUCUGUCUUUUUGCGUGUGAUUUCCAUCCGAUUCCUGAUCGGCGAGCGAGAGGAGAUGGAGGAGAAGCCAGCGAGAUCGACGGUUGGAAAGUUCGUGAUCGAAGCGGAGGAGGCGCAGGCGAUGGCUAAGGAGUCGGGCGUCGCCGCCGUGAGGGAGCUCCUCCCCCUCCUGGUCCCCGCAGCCCAGCGGCUGGCGCGGCCGCCCAUCUCCAACUACCGCGUGGGGGCCGUCGGACUGGGGGCCAGCGGUCGGAUCUUCCUCGGGGUGAACCUCGAGUUCCCCGGCCUGCCGCUACACCACUCCGUCCACGCAGAGCAGUUCCUGAUGGCCAACGCCAACGCCCACGGUGAGCCCAGCAUCCGCUGCGUCGCCGUCUCCUCCGUCCCCUGCGGCCACUGCCGCCAGUUCCUCCAGGAGAUCCGCGGCGCGGCGGAGAUCCAGAUCCUCGUCACCUCCGAUGAGGAUCCCGCCUUCCGUCCCCUCGCCUCCCUCCUCCCCCACCCGUUCGGGCCCCCGGACCUCCUCCACAAGGACGUCCCCCUCCUCCUAGAGCCGCACGACAACGAUUUCGGCGCCCUUGAUGCCACGGGCGUUGCCGUCGGCGGUGGGGGAUUGUGCAAUGGCAUCGGGGGAGGCGGGCUGGAGCGUCGGCUUAGGGAGGCAGCGGAGGGGGCAGCGAGGUCAUCGCACGCGCCGUACAGCGGGUGCGCCGCGGGCUUCGCUGUGGCGGACGGCGGGGGGAGGGUGUACUCGGGGUCCUACGUAGAGUCGGCGGCGUACAACCCGAGCCUGGGACCGGCGCAGGCGGCGAUGGUGGCGUGCCUGGCGGCGGGCGGCGGAGGCGGGGGCGAGGGCGAGGGCGGCGGGUGGGGGAUCGUGGCGGCCGCGCUGGUGGAGAAAGAGACUGCAGCGGUGUCCCACGAGGGGACGGCGAGGAUCUUCCUCGAGGCGGUGGCGCCGGGCGCCCAUCUGAAGGUUUACCGCUUUCGCCCGUCCACCGCGGUCUAGCUAUAUCAGUGCUUUGGAGAUGAUGACGAUCAUCUAUCCUGAUGCGAUGAAAUAAAUGGUUCAGAUCGUGGGCAACGAGGGAACGAUGUCGAAUCGUCGAUCCGUUGAUGAAAAAAUGUGUGCGCGUGUAUAUGGUAUGAUUGUAGUGGCAGUCCUAAUAAUUUUUGCGUGUAAAAACGGCCUCUGAUUUCUGAA